ACGGAGUCUCAGUCGUUCACCAGAGAUCGGUCGUUCAUGUGUGCUACUUGAUCUGCGGUCCCUGUCCAGGAUAACUGUAAAUCCGCGACAAAGAAAGAGAGAGACAGUAAAGAAAGGAAGAGAUAGAGUAAAAGACAGACCUUGGACUGACCGCAAACAGAGUAGCUAAUCGAUCUCUGAACUUCGCGAACAUCGUGUAUGAUCGUAAACAGUGACUAUUGGAACAGUGAUCCAAGAAAAACUUCGUUUUGUUAAUAUUAUUCGUAUUAUUAACAAUAUCCGUUUCAUUGCAGAUUUUUUCUCUCUCUCUCUCAAAAUGAAUUUUAAUAGAGAAUGCUAUGCCUAACUUGCAUUCGGAUCAUUGACAUUGGACGAACAUUUGGGAUUCUGUUGUACCGAAAGUGAUAAACGUUUGCCGCAAUCGCAGUUUUUAAAACGGACAGUGAUUAUUAACUUCGAAAAGACUCGAGAAGUGAUUAUUUGUGCGAUUGAUGGUUCUGAGGAAUGCUAUUGAAAUCGGACGUGGGAAUGGUGGCGUGAAACAACAAAGCAAAAGUCACGUUAGCACGCGUAAACGUACGUCAGGAUGCCAAAAAUCUUCCUGAUCAAAAAUCGGCUGCAUCAGCAGCAACUGAGGUUGCUGGAAGCGCAGCACCUUGGAAAAAGCCCGCCACCCUGUAGUGGUAAAGAAAGUCCUCUUGGCAGUGCCGAACCUCUCAGUCUUAUUGUGAAUAAACAUCAAUAUCGCGAGAAAACGGAUGAUGAUCGGGCGACGACCCCGGAAUCGCUUCGCAGUAGCAGUCCGGCUUCGUCUCCACCCCCUCAAUGGCAAUCGACAAAUACUCCGACUAAUACGCCACCCAGACGAUUUAUCUCGAGUAUCCUCGGCGGAGAUAUCCCGUAUGGAAGCAGAGGUCAUGUUUUAACCAGGGCGGAGCGCAAGGAGUACAGCAAUCCCCCAAUUGCGCCCUCUUCUAGUGAUGCCACACAAUUCCUUACGAAAUCGGAAAAAUUGGUAUUGCCCAGACCAAGUACUCCUCCGAAAACGCCCAGAGUCGAACCGCCCACACGAGUCUCGGUCAUUCAAAGGGUUCCUCCUUCCCAAAGUCAAUCUGCAUCGAGAAGAGAAGAUAAGAUCGAAGUGCCACAAACUCAAGAACCAGAACAAGAGCAACCUAUCGAUUACGCUGUGCCGAAGAGAAAGGAAGAGGACGAGGAGCGAGGCCGCGAAGGCGCAAAAGUGUCACGCGCGAUAGGUAACUCGAUUGCCAGGCCUCUCCUGGCCAUGAGACUGUCCGGUCCCCAAGUGGUCCACGCAGCCGCCGGUCACGGAAGAACGUCCAAUUCCGGAGGGAGCAGCAGUUCCGGGUCCAGCAACACCUCGAACAACUCGGGCAGUUCCUCCUCUUCGAAUUCAGGCGGAAGUGGUAGUUACUGCGGAGGAGGAGCGGCUACGGGCGGUAGCGGAGGUGGCGGUGCUGUGGGCGGAGGUGCCGGCGGUGGAAUGAAUCCCGGAGGAAACGGCGGCCGGGGAAAUUACGGACCGAGCUCACCGCCAACUGGUUCUUUGCCGCCGUUCUACGAAUCUCUAAAAGGCGGCAACAAUCUGGCGAACUUUGCGAAUCAGUAUAACAGUACUCAAGGAAAUGGAUACCUGACACCAUCACCCACAGUAGGGAUGGAAUGCGACACCGGUCAGCAGGACGUAAACUCGCAGCAUUCCCAAUACAACGCUCAAGAAGGCAAGCAAUACUCCCUAUUGCAAAAUGUUUGCGCCUCGUAUGGUUUGACGUUAAAGGAGGAAGAAGAUUUAUCGCCGUACAAAAUUCAAGCGAAUGAUUUGUUAUCCGGACAAUAUGGCACAUAUGACAUGACUGAUACGGGAAUGAUGGUAGAUAUGGUGACUGGCGCAGUGGUGGACCCUCUUCAGUUCACUGCUACUCUAACAUUUAGUUCGCCUUCCGAUCAUACCGCCCUCUUAGAAAGUUUAAGUGACGCUGCAGAUCUCUUCCUACCGAGAUUACCGGCUGAAGAUGGUAGCAACGAUCUUUUGGAAGAAUCAUUACACUCGCCAGCUUCAGCUGGAAGCGGGAUCGGUCAAGAUAAUGGACAAAUGACAACUCCUGUAGAACCAAGUGUUGACCCCUUCCCGGAGCAUAGCAUGGCCUUGACUAGAAGCUUCGAUACAUCGAGACACUACACGGCGGCUCCUCAACAUUUCAGCACUUCGAAAUUAGGAUUAACUUAUGCCACGGGCGAAUCGAGUUAUCAAUCCGUUUCGAAAGAACGACCCGAACUCGCUCUUCACAUUAAUCAGAAUCAUCAACACCAAUCCGAACCACAGCUACAACAAUUGCAGAUACAGGUGCAGUUACAGCAACAACAACAGCAACAACAAACAACGUCCACUUCACCUCAUCAACAACAACAUCAAGGAUUACUCAGUCCGGGAUUAAGCUUCACCGGUAGUGGUCUGGAACUCGAUUCAGGUAGUAGUGUGGGUGGAAGUUUACCAAGUCCCGGAGCAGCGAGCUGUUCGUUAGAUGCUGCUUCUACUAGUACGUCGCCAUCUUGCGCUUUGAUGGAGCAUGCGCCUAGCCCAGCAGCCACUGUAUCUUCGGCAUCGGUAAAUACUGUGCAAUCAGGUCCAGCCGGAGAACCACCGCUGACGCAACGGGUCGGUGUACUGCAGCAAAGGCUGGGGUUACCUGGUGACUGUCAACUGGAGUUCGUGAACGGUGGCCACGGAAUUAAAAAUCCACUCGCGAUUGAGGGUCAGAGACAGGCAGCAGCUAAUCGCGAGGAGGAGAGAGCAACUCGACCUCCGCCUGGCAAGGAUGACGAUCCAAAUCGUUUCACAUGCCGUGUGUGCAGCAAAAAUUUCAGUUUGCAACGAUUGUUAAAUCGUCACAUGAAAUGUCAUAGCGAUGUGAAACGUUACUUAUGUACAUUUUGUGGUAAAGGUUUUAAUGAUACGUUUGAUUUGAAGAGGCAUACUAGAACACAUACUGGUGUUCGACCAUAUAAAUGCAAUCUUUGUGAAAAGAGCUUUACGCAGAGAUGUUCCUUGGAAAGUCAUUGUCUUAAAGUUCAUGGUGUUCAACAUCAAUAUGCGUAUAAAGAACGUCGAACAAAGGUAUAUGUAUGUGAAGAGUGUGGUCAUACAACACAGGAACCGGAGGUACACUACCUACAUUUGAAAGAUAAGCAUCCAUACAGCCCGGCUUUGUUGAAAUUUUACGAUAAGCGACAUUUCAAGUUCACCAACAGCAAUUUCGCCAACAUGCUGCUCCAGGGUGGCCUGUUGCAACGGGACUCGCGGAAUACGGACAGCUGUGUAAAAUCGGCCUCGAAAAGCCUUGAAGCGCCUCUUCAACGCUCCUCAACGUUGUUGCAUCUGGGCCGAGCUUCCAGUUUCUGAUGACUAAUACGAAAACUGAGGAAGAAGAAAGAAGAAAAAUGGCGAAAUGGAGAAAAGAAGAGGAUAGCUGGCUCCGAUUUUAGAAGAACUCGAUCUAAAUGCCAUCGAAUCCCGAAGUAAACGUCGCGCGAAAAGUACCUGUAGGUGGCUCCCCCCCCCUUUAGCGGUGACACGUAACAGCAUCGAGGGCCGAUGACGAUCAGAUUAUGUUAAAAAAUUCUAAAAAAAAAAAAAAUCGCAAUUUUCUAUAAGAUUUAAAACAGACUCGUGACUUUCAGACCUAGACGAAAAACGAAAGAGCAUAUUUGUAUACACAGUAUUGCGCUACCGAGUACAUACACAUACAGAUCUUUUUUAAAUUUUAUCGAUCUUAAGUUUAUAUAUAUAUAUAUAUAAUAUAUAUAUAUAUAUAUAAUGUACACGUGUAUAUGUAUAGACUAUGAUAUAUAUUUUAGAUUAUAGAAAAAAAAAACACAAGUCAGCCGUAAAGAAUGAAACACCUGAAAACUCGGAUUGAACGUUUCAGGAAUGAUGAUUAUUUCUUCUCGUUGAUAAGAUUUUUUUUUUUGCACGAGAUGGGAUACCAAUUGAUUUUUUCGAACGAUUUUUUUUUUUUUCUUUUAGCGAUGCACGGCAAGUUACGUUGCUUUCCGACUUGGAAGGUGAAAAAUUAUGUAGAAAUAUCUGAUAUUGGGGAUAUUUCAGAGAUAUGUCAGAUAUUUCUCUAAAUUUUUGUUACACCGAGAUAACGAUAUACUUCUUUGACGAACAUAUCGUGUCUCGAAGUAAUCGUUUCUUAUAAUUUUAAUCGUUGCAUUCCUCGUUUUGACUGAUGCGUUCGGGGAAACAUAUCGCGGAAAUUUUUUUUUUUUUAGUAGAUGACUAACGCACCUUGGGAAAUCUGUGAUAUAAGACACGAUUUUACUUCAUUACUCCAAGAUUUCGCUUUUUGCACUUUGGUUCUUUCAUGGGAUAUGCACCGGUAUAAUGGAGUGAGAUUACACGCAUAAAUAUACAUUUUUUGAAUUCAUAUUAAGCAAUAAUUGAUAUUUUUUUUUUAUUAUUUUUGACUUCAAUACGAUUUCUACUUUUAAAGUAUCAAAAUUUUUAUAUUUAAAAAAAUCGAGCGAAAAGAGUACAUUUGUUUAAGGCUUCCACGGUCUAAUAAUAAUAUCGCAUAAUAUCACAAUAUCAAUAGCAUAAAAAUAAACCGUAAAUUUGAAACAUCAUUUUAAAAAAUCUAUUCCUAUUAUUUUAUCAUUACAUAUAUAUAUAUAUAUAAAUAUAUUUAUUGGCAUUUAUUGGUAAUAUAAUAUUUCUAAAGUGAUACAAAUUAUAUCCGAAAGAUUAGAUUUUGAUUAUCAUCAUAUAAUUAUGUACACAUAUACACAAUGGGAUUUCGUGCAAUUCUGCGGUGGUAGGACAUAUGUUAAUUUGGGUUACACAUGGUUCAAUGCAAUAGCAAUAGAUACAUACAAAUCAAUUCUCGACUCGACUUGUUGUUAAAGAAAUGAUUCUUUUUCAGUAAAAUAAUUUAACAAAUUAAAUUUCAAUUCACAUACAUAAUGAUAAUAAUGAUAAUGACGACCUGGUAACAAACCGAAUUUUAGUCCACGAAACGGGUAUAUAUUUUUUUUUUUUUUUUAGGAAUGAAUCGGGUGCUGACUAAAGUACACGAUCAAUAUAAUAUUUGUAUAAAUUGCAAUUUUAAUUUGUAAACAAAUCGAUUAAUAAUAAAAACAAAAAUUAGAUUCUAAAGGGAUUAAUGUAAUAUUGAAAUAUAAAAGAGGAAAUAUAAGAAAUAUAUACAUAAAAAAAAUCGCUAGAUUUCUUGAAAUAGAUAAAAGAUGAUGUAUUUGAGGUAUACGUGAUGUAUAGUAUAAUUUAAGUCUGAUUUAAGAAAUAUUAGAUUAAAAUACUUGGAAUUUGCAAAAAUUUGCAAUAAUUUUUAAGCAUAUUAUACGUUAGAUUUUUAAAUAAUUAAAAAUGAAUGAAUGAAAGCUAAAAUAAAUAACAACGAAAAGUGGUUUGAAGUGUACGUAUUAAAAUUAUUUUCUAAUUUUUCAAAUAAUGUUAAGCUUCAGCUAAUUCGUGUAAAUAGUUUCAUAAAUAUUUCCAAGAGAUAUUUCAUCUUCGAAAUCUUUUUUAAAUUUAUUUUAUAGUAUAAUGAAUGGAAAUAUAUUGUGGUGGUUUGUAUAUAGUAACUAUUAUAAAAUAUUGGGUUGCACGAGAUGAAAUAUAAAGUUUUAAUCUUUGAUUAUUCAGUACCUUUUUUUCGUAUUGAUAAUGUACACAUAUUUUAUCCGCGUUGUGUCCUUUGAGAAUACUCGAAAAUAAAAUAUAUAUUUCUCGUCGCAAUCUUUUUAUUAUCUAGAAUAUUAUUUUAUUAUGUAUUAUUAUUAAUUAUUAUUAUUAUUAUUAAUUAUUAUCAUUAUUAUUAUUAAUUAUUAUUAUUAAUAUUAUUUCAAUUAUGAUUAUUUAAUUUACGUCCAGUAUUGUCCAAACUAUUAGCCUAGAUAUUUUUAUUAUCAUUAUUAAUAGAAAUUUCCAUUUAUACCUGCUACCAUUUAUACCAAUAUUUACCAAUAAUUAUUCAUCUUGACGUUUUAACUUGUCAAGAUUAUCACCGCCUAGUAUAUUGUAAUGUUUAAUAUUAUAAUAUUAUUGAUAUAUUAAUAAUUUUGAUUAUAUUGACAUUAUUAAUAAUAUAUAAAUAUAUAUUUAUAUAUAUAUAUUAUCUAUAUAUAUAUAUACAUAUAUACAUAAUAUACAUAUGUAUUACAUAUAUAGAUACAUACAUAUAUAAAUAAAAGUAAAUAUAUAUCGUCGUUAUCAUUGUCUACAAGAACAACUUUUUUUUUUUCUUUGUUGAAAAACCGAGGAUUGGUAUAGUGCGCCAUGUACGUUUAAAUUUUUGAAUGAGUGUCAAAUUGUACAUAUGACUCGCUAAGUAUACGAGUUAUAUAGUAUGCAUGGAAAUAAAAUGCCCAUGAUUGUUUAAUAUAUUGUGUAUAUCGCAUUUUAAAAAAACUUGAAGAAACAUUAAACUACCUAAAUCAAGAUAUCGAUCUAGGCUCUCAAUCCAUUUGUCAUUUAUUGAUACUAUCAUAUGAAAUGCGGUUACAAAUGCGGCUGUCUGUGUAGUGAAAUGGAAAAGAUAAUAAAAGUAACAUUAAUUAUAUCUA